AUGACUUACGGCUUCAACACGGGUUUCAAACGACAGGGCUUGUUUGCCAAGGACCACAUUCGUGCGUUCGAUAUUGCCAGAGAUCUUAUAUACCAGCUCUGCCACCUAAGGCGCGGCCAGGACACUCGCCCUCUGAUCAUGGUUGCCCACAGCCUUGGGGGGCUCAUCGUCAAACAGGCACUAGUCGAGGCUCGCAGAUCAUCGCAAGCUUCCAUCAGGACGGUAUUUGACGCCGUUAUUUCGGUCAUUUUCUUCGGCCCGCUACGGGCGACUGGUACGCAGAAAUUGGAACGAGACCUCACCAAUACCCUGACUGACAAGCUGAGACAGAUUGUUGAUGGCUUGACCGCGUCGCUCGGCGAGCGUAGUCGACCGAUCGAGGACGAUCACGAGGGUAUGGUCAAGUUCGAGGACACCGGUUCGCCCGCCUUCAAGAUAACUAUGCAGGAUAUUUGGCGCGCGCUGCAAAACUGGACAGAGUCUAAAAAUAUGUGCAUUCAGAGGGGUAUGCCACCUUCCCACCCGGCCGCCCUUACAGGAAGGGCUCCAGAGAAUCUGAUUGAAUCCUUCAACGAAUGGAGAAAACCAUUCCUGAUUGUGUAUGACAAUUUUCAUGGUGUCUACUCCGAUGACUUUGCGAGUUUGAUGCCAACCCAGGGGCCGUGUGCGAUUAUUUUGACCUCGCGGGAUACCCUUCGUCUUGGACCUAACACGAGGAACGACGUGCUUUUAUUCGAAAGUGACGCUCGUUCUAUAGGAAACGACGCCAUCUUGAUCGACCGCUUGAUAACGACUGAUGCCUUGGAUCUCCUUCUUCAAGUCUCUGGGCACUCUGAUGUCGCCUUGUCAGAAUCAGAGAUGAGCGCCGCGAAAAAUCUUCUGCUGCAGCUCGAACGCGUUCCCCGGCUCAUUGAGUCAGUGGGAAAGUGUAUAGGCCAACUUCAACAACCGGCCCCCUUCUCGGCUUAUCUGAACGCAUACAUGAAUCGCGGCAAGGCUAUCCAAUUCUUUACCGACACCUCAGCCAGCAGGAUGCUAGAUACCAGCAUAUCAGACCGACCUGGCGUUAAGUUUGACCCUCAAAGGCUCUUCAAAUUCGAAUUGUUGGGUGAUGACGAUACGGAGUCCGACACAGAGACCAGCAGCAUCGUGCGCGCUGCUGUCUUCUCUGGUCCUGAGUCUUGUUCAGAGUCAGACUCGUCAGUUGCACCUACAAGAGUUCGCCCCCAUCAAAUCGUGGAGGUUGCCAAUGCUCUUCUUCAUCACACUGAGUUGAGGUCCCUCUUCAUGAACGCCAUAUCUAGAAAGCUGGAGAACAUCUGGAGACUGAGGCAGCAACCUUUAUCGGACAUAAUCCAGGUUCUAUAUCAGACGAAAUACGCCGACAAGUUCUUUUGA